CCUACACUUAUGUCCAAAAGUCGUACACAAGUCCGCAUAGUUUGCAUAUCUGACCUCCACAGCCUCCCACUUCCCUCUACUCUUCCGCCAGGCGAUAUCCUAACCGUCGCAGGUGACCUGACCGAGGGCCGCCCAUCCCAGCUCCUCUCUCGUCUCAAGGAACUCCAGAACUUGAAAUCGCAAUUUCCUUUCAUCUUUGUUAUUGGGGGCAACCAUGAUCGCGCACUAGACGACAAAUGCGACUCGCGCGACGCACCUAUAUACGAUGAUCAAGCGGAGCGCGAAGAGUGUCGCAGAGCAUUCCGCACAGCUUCCGAUGUCGUCUACCUCGAGAACAGCGGUGUCGAAAUAUGUGUCAAUGGAAGAACUAUCAAGGUAUGGGGCUCACCAGGAUCGUUGGCGACUACACGACAGACAUGCUUCGGAUACACAGCAGGGAAGGAUGCGCAAGAUUUAUGGGCACAGAUCCCCGCUGACACGGAUAUCCUCAUUACCCAUGGACCGCCACUUGGGUAUCUGGACAAUGAUGGACUCGGAUGUGAAGAGUUGAGGAAAGCUCUGUGGAGAGUCAAACCUUUGGCCCACAUCUUUGGGCAUGUUCAUGAGGGACAUGGAUCGCUGGUAUUACAGUACGAUGAGGUACAGAAGAAUUACGAAGCUGCUGUCUCGGAUUGGAAAGCGGCAAUCAUGGAGGACCAGGCCUCGAAAGAAGCAGGAAAAUACAUUCCACGGCACCUUGCACCAGGUUUGGCUAAUCGCCCGCCGUUUCCGAGGUGGCCAGAUGGGAGAGACGUGACCAAACAUGGUUCGCGGCAGAACAAACCGGAGGAGACCAUUCUAGUGAAUGCUUCUGUGAAGUCCAUUCCACCGCUUGAUCCCAUUGUCAUCCAGAUAUAA